CCCGCCAUUUUAAUACCAGUUGUCACUUCCCUUCCGCAGAAAAUUUUGCUCUUCGUUCAUCCUAAUGUCGUACGAACCUAGGGUUCCGCUAAGAUCUUAGACCUCCAUCGUCGAAACAUCUUCAAUGGAGCCUUCUGCUAAACGCAUCAAACUCAGCAGAGGCCAGGAUGAUUACUUGCCGGGAAACAUUAUCGAGAUCGAGCUCUGUAAUUUCAUGACAUUUGAUGAACUGAUAGUCAAACCCGGUUCGCGUCUCAACCUAGUAGUGGGACCCAAUGGAUCGGGGAAGAGUUCUGUGGUAUGCGCGAUCGCCCUUGGUCUUGGCGGCGAGCCUCAGCUACUUGGAAGGGCUUCCAGUGUUGGUGCUUAUGUGAAACGCGGAGAGGAGUCUGGUUAUAUUAGGAUUUCUUUGAGAGGUGAAGCUUUAGAGGAGCAGAUUAGUAUCAAGCGAAAGAUAGACAGGCAUAACAAGUCUGAGUGGAUGUUGAAUGGCAAAGUAGUGCCAAAAAAGGAUGUAGUUGAAAUAAUUCAAAGGUUCAAUAUCCAAGUCAACAAUUUGACACAGUUCUUACCACAAGAUCGUGUCUGUGAGUUUGCUAAGCUAACUCCUGUACAACUUCUAGAAGAGACCGAAAGGGCAGUUGGUGAUCCACAACUACCAAUUCAACAUCAUUCUCUUGUUGACAAAAGUCAUGAAUUGAAGAGACUUGAAGUUACUGUCAAGCAAAAUGGAGAUACCUUGAAUCAGCUUAAAGCACUUAAUGCUGAGCAAGAAAAAGAUGUAAAGCGUGUCCGUCAAAGAGAAGAACUUCUGGCAAAGGUUGAGUCUAUGAGAAAGAAAUUACCAUGGCUUAAGUAUGAUAAGAAGCAAGAUGAAUGGAAGAAAGCAAAAGAGAAUGCGGAUAAUGCCAAAAGAGAACUGGCUGAAGCUGCUAGGGUUGCGAAUGAUCACAAAGAACGUUUAGAGGAACAGCAAAGGAAAUUAAAAGAAGAUGGCAACUGUAAGAAAGAAAGAAAUCUACUUGAUGCUAACAUUGAGAAUCGUAAGAUGGUCCUUGAUAAAGAAAGCAGUUUGGGGGUUCAUGUAAGAGGAAAAUAUAAUCGUAUUGUAGAGUUGAGGAGGGAAGAAGAAUCUCGUCAGGAAACAAUUUUAAAAGAGAAAGAAGAUCUAGCUGUUGAUAAAUUACAACUUGCAAACUGGCCUACGCAUGAUGAUCGUAAAGAUAAAAUUAGAAGUCUAAACCUUCAAAUACGGGAACGGGACUGUUCUCAUAACGAAAAGAAGUUGAAUAUAUCGGGCAAGGAAAAGGCUUUAAAUGAGAAGAGAGAGGAACUGAGGAAGUGCCUAAACAGUCUGAGGGACAUGGAAAGUGCAAAUAAUAAACUUUUACAGGCUUUGAAAAAUACUGGAGGUGAUUAUAUAUUUCAGGCUUAUCACUGGGUACAGGAACACCGCCAUGAGUUAAAUAAGGAGAUCUAUGGUCCUGUCCUCCUUGAGGUUAAAGUUCAACAACCUGUAUUUGCAAACUACUUGGAAGCACAUGUGCCUAAAUAUAUCUGGAAGGCCUUCAUAACUCAGGAUUGUGCUGAUCGGGACCUCUUGGUUAGAAACUUGACAAAAUUUGACGUUGCUGUUAUUAAUUAUGAUAUGGCCGAGUGCAGUAAUAAAGUUCCAUUUGCAGUUUCUGAGGAGAUGCGUAAGCUUGGCAUCUACUGCAGACUUGACCAAGUUUUUGAUGCUCCUAAUGCUGUGAAGGAGGUCUUGACUAGUCUCAGUGGGCUGGAACAUGCAUUUGUUGGGACCAAGGAGACAGAUAGAAAGGCCAAUGAAGUUCAACGGCUUGGAAUUUUUGAUCUUUGGACUCCUGAAAAUCACUAUCGAUGGAUUCGCUCUAGAUAUGGUGGCCAUGUUUCAGCAAGUGUUGAGCAUGUGCCUGGUUCACGUUUGUUUCAAUCUAGUGCAAAUGUUAUGGAAAUUGAAAAGUGUAGGUCCAAGAAAAAGGAGCUGGAAGAGAUCAUUGUUACUCUAGAGGAACGUUGUAAAAAGCUUCGGUCUGAAUCUAAAUAUCUGGAUGAAGAUACUGCUGAACUUAGAAAACAGUGUGAAGAACUAUUUCUCGCUAGUCAGCAUGAUAAUAAAAAGCGGCGUGACUUGGAGAACCGUAUUUCUCAAAGGGAAAGGAAAAUAAGGUCUCUAGAGGAGGGGGAGGACAUGGAUACAAUUACAAAAAAGCUACUUGAUGAAGCUGCUGAAUUGAACCUGCAGAGGUUCCAAACUGCAAUUGAUCUUAAGAAAUCACUUGUUGAAGCUGUUUCCCACAAAUGGAGCUACACCAUAAAGCACAUGUCAUCCAUUGAGCUUGAAACAAAGAUUAGGGAAUUGGAAAUUGAUUUCAAGCAGAAAGAGAGGUUUGCUCGCGAAGCAUCACAGCACUACAACUUCUGUAAGAAGGAGUCAUCGGAAAAUCAUAGACGGGUGUUGGUAGCUCUUAAGAGAGAAGCUGAAUCAAUUGCUGUCAUUACUCCAGAACUUGAGCAGGAAUUUCUCAAGAUGCCUAGUACUAUCGAGGAUUUGGAAACAGCUAUUGAAGAUAAUAUUUCUCAAGCCAAUUCUAUUCUUUUUCUAAACCAAAACAUUCUGGAGGAAUAUGAAAGCCGUCAGCGCAAGAUAGAAGCCAUUUCUAGGAAACUUGAAGCUGAUGACAUGGAGCUAAAAAGGUGUUUAGCCGAAAUUGAUGCCCUGAAGGGAAAGUGGCUCCCAAGAUUAAGAAACCUUGUUGCAAAGAUAAAUGAGACGUUUAGUCGCAAUUUUCAAGAAAUGGCAGUUGCUGGGGAAGUUUCAUUAGAUGAGCAUGACAUGGACUAUGAUAAAUUUGGUAUAGUUAUAAAAGUAAAGUUCAGGCAAACAGGGCAGCUUCAAGUACUGAGUGCUCACCAUCAGUCUGGCGGGGAGCGGUCAGUUUCUACUAUUCUCUAUCUAGUUUCUCUGCAAGACCUUACGCAUUGCCCAUUCCGUGUGGUUGAUGAGAUAAAUCAAGGAAUGGACCCUAUAAAUGAAAGGAAGAUGUUUCAGCAGCUAGUUCGAGCAGCUAGCCAACCCAAUACCCCACAAUGUUUCUUACUUACACCAAAGUUGCUAUCAAACCUGCAAUACAGUGAAGCAUGUUGUGUCUUGCAUAUUAUGAAUGGACCUUGGAUUGAGGAGCCUGCCAAAGUGUGGCACAAUGGCGAAAGUUGGAAAACAGCUAUUGGCAUGGCUAGUGGGGGUUAAUGUUUAGAGGCUCACCACACAGCAGCAUCACUAAGUUGAGGACUACAGUUCCAAAGUAGUAGUCCAAAUGAUGUGGUUUCUUCUAGACAAUAGAUGUUGAAACCCCCUUUGUAAUAUAUGUGAAGCUCAUGUUAAUUAUGAUGCCCAACCAUGGAAAAGUGUAUGCU